AUGAACGUAUACACAUUUGUGUACAUCUUAGUUUGUUUGUUCAAUACGAAUAUUUCAACAGUGACAAUGACAAUCGUAGAUAAUGACUCGUCAGGUUCUGCAUCUCGUUUACUGGUUCUUCUAAUUGAUGGACUAAGAUGGGAUGUAAUAGCUGGUCAUUUAGAAAGUAAUACUAAUAAAUUCGGAUUCAAACGACUACAAAAAAAUGGUGCAUAUUUGCAACGUUUCACUCCUGUGUUUCCUGCAGAGUGUUAUCCGAACAUUUACUCACUAUUCACAGGUCGUCACCCAAUUGAUCAUGGAGUUAUUCUGCCAACAACAUUUAGUGAACAUACAACGAUUAAUGGUAAACCUAUUCGUUCACAAGUUGAAGGUCUUUGGGAGACAGGAGUAAAACAAAAUAAAGGUGUUCAUCUUUAUCAUUUGCCUAUAUGUUCUACCGAAGCUGGCGGUGAAAAUAGUUGGUAUUGUGAACCGUAUAGUCAAGAAGUUAUGAAUCCUAUGAAUUUGAAUGCUACAAUACAAAAAGCUGUGGAUGGGUUAAAAAAUGGCAGUGCUCAUUUAGCAGUGGUAUACUACGAUGAAUUAGAUCGUAUCGGACAUAGAUAUGGUCCAUUAUCUAAUGAAUUAGUUCAUAAACAUUUGGUGUAUUUGGAUCAUGUUUUAGACCAUGCAUUGAACAUCAUAGAAUCUAUACCAAAUUUAAAUUUAAUGCUAACUUCUGACCAUGGUAUGGCGACAGUCUCACAUCGAGCAUAUGCUGAUCGUUAUUUUAAAGGCUCAGAGUUGGAUAGAGUACUGAAUCGUGGAAGUACAUUGUGGAUCUGGCCUAAACCAGAAUUUGAAAACAAUGUUUAUAAUCGUUUAUUAAUUCAACAAAGUAAAUCUCCUUUCAGUGUAUACAAUUCAUCAACAAUUCCUUCACAUUGGGAAAUUAUGACAAAUAAUAAUUCAUUAUUUCCACCGAUAUUGUUAAUCGCCUCACCGGACUAUAUAUUUCAUUCCAAUGCAUGGCCAUUAAAUAUGAGUCAUUACAAUUUAAUCAAUCCUAAAGGAAUGCAUGGCUAUGAUCCAGAACUACCUGACAUGCAUAUUCCAUUAUUUAUUUAUGGUCCGAAUUCUAAUCGUGGUGCUCAAUUAAAUUUUACCAAAGAAAUUCGUCCAAUUCAUAUACAUAGUUUAAUGGCUUAUUUAUCAUCGAUUAAUCUGCCAGAUUUCCGUUCACUCGAUUUGUUCAAACCAUUACUUUCACACAAUUAUGAUUAUCACAAUAAUCAGUUGUCACCUGUGCUGAAUAAUUUAUAUUGGUCAUUGAAUGACAAGUCAUCAUCAUUAUCAUUUUCUUCAGUAUUACAUGGAGAUCGUUUUAUGGUGGCUUUUCUAAUCGGAGCAGCAGCGUUAACUUGUUUCUUUGUACUAAUUUGCGCUCUCAUCGUAUUAGCCUAUAUUAGGUGUCGUAUUUCAUUGAUGACUACACGUGUAGUCGGUUGUCAAGAUGAAUUAAACAAGGUAUUAGUUAAGUCUGAGGUACUUUCCGAAGCUUAACUUCUCGUUCAUACUGUGUUCUAUGCUAAUGUGUACGUGUGUUCCUUGUCUUUUUUUCAACUAGUCUUUAUCCCUUUUGAACAAAAAAGAAUAUAUUUAUAGCACUCAGGUUUUUUUGUUUGAUGAAAGACCAUAUAUCUUUUUUGUCGCUAAGUUACUCUUAUUGUUUUGAUAAAUCCUUUGUGAGAUCCAUUUCAAAUAGAUUAUGAACUGACUAGCACACAAUAAUCCUUUCUCUUCACUAUUUUAUAGAAUAUAUAUCUACAUGGGAUAUUUCUCAGGAUAUUGAAAUUGUCACUAAUUGUCAAUAUGAUUAUAACCGCUUUUUAAUGUAACAAUUAUACUAAUAUUCUACUGAUAAGUGUGAUGACAAUAUUAGAGUCAUAAUAAUAACAACCAUUUUUUGAUUAUUAAAACCUGAUACUCAGUAUAAUAUUAAUAUUCUUUUAUUAAUCGAAUAUGUAGUACCUUCGUUCUGCACUUCUUUGCGCCUUGGAAUUUCUGUAUAUGCGUGCGUGUGUGCGCACUCACCUGUCCAACCGACCAUUCAUUGUAUGCAUGUAUCAUCUACUUCACCGCCUACGCCUACAAACUUAUUUACCAAUUCUACAAAGAUGUUUUUUUUAUUUGAGAUUUAAUAUUUGUUCAAUUAUUUCGCCUUAUUUGCCUUAGUGAUUUCGAUUCUAGUUCUCUGCCUUCUUUCAUUAUCAUUAUUCCUGUUAUUGUUAUGUAUUUUAUAGGAAAAAAAAACAAAAAAAGAAAACAUGUACUAUUUGCCUAGUUCACUUCGCCUCCCCAUUAUGUCUCUUUCAAUUGCUUGCUAGCUUCUCUUAAUUGGCUUUCUUUCUUUCUGUGAGUUUUGUCUUACGUAAAAGAGUAUAGCGAAAAAGUAGUUAUUAAAUUUAUCAAUAUUUUUGGAAAAG